AUGACAAGAACACAAUUAUUUGCAAACUAUCCAACCUCCAGGGCAACCUGCGGCAAUUCCAGACUUCCAACCGUAAAAAUAAGUGCUCCAUUUCCCGACGAUCAAGAUGACGAAGAGGACGAAGAUGACGAAGGUGACCAAGAUCAAGAAGAUCAAGAAGAUCAAGAAAAUCAACAAGUUCAAGAAGGUCAGAAAUCGGUUUCUACCACUGAACCGGGACUAGAAGCUUCUCAAAGAUGUUCCUAUCAGCAUCAAAAGGUCUUCCCUUUGAUAUCUCUCCCAACAGAACUCCUAGCCAUGAUAUUGAAAUGCCUCUCACCCAACGAAUCUCUCCACUGCGGUUUAAGCUGUCGCCGCCUGUACAAUAUACACUUCAAAAUCCACUCCAAAGUGCCUCUCGAACUCAUAGACAACUUUGAUGCUUCGGAGGUUGACCAAGGAUCAUCAGUAUCCUCAGGGCAGAAAGAUAGUUACCCCCAUCUCUGGAGGAAGAGAGUUACCCUUGGUAAAAUCACCAUGGAAGAAUUCCUUCAAAAACAACGAGAUGACGUUCUAUCGAAGCCCCUUCUCGCGCCGCCAGUUCAUGCACUAUUGCCGAAACAAAAGAUCGAAGCCUCGAUCGCUCAGACAUGGGGGUUUGUUCGUGUUAGCGAGGAGAUAGUAAGUGGGGUUCGGACUGUGAAAAGAGAAGUGAAGAUAUUGAAGGAUCACAUGAAACACUAUUACGCUGGGGGACAUCCACCUAAUAUGCGGCAGAUGCCAAAAUGUGGAUAUGUCCUCUUCAAGCCAAAAUCACAAUGGUGUUCACGCUGUGAGCAGAACCAGAACACUCAAUUUUGGGAGUGGAAGGAGAGUGAUGGAAAUGGAAAUAUUGUUUCAUUCAUUUGUCGUGUCCAGUAG